AUGGCAAAGACGAGCUGCUGCCACGGAGGUGCGCCAUCCGCCCACUGGUGCCCUGCCGUACCGUUGUACCGCAUUGCUAAGUCUGGCAGUUACAUCGCGAAGCUGAUCGAUCACGUGCACAAACUCAAGGCCCACGCCAAUCCUUCGCCCGCAGCCUCGGGUCCCACGCCCCAGGAUCCAGCUGCAUCCACGCCGACGUCCGUAGUGAAGAAUGAGUUUUUCAAGUCUGACUCCGUCGUGUCCGAGCCCCUGGUUCACCCUGUCCAGCCAGAGCACUUCUUUGCCGAGGCUGCUGGAAGCUAUCGCUACCUGGGUGCUGAAGCUUGUUUGGUCAAGUCUCCGCGACAAAAAGCCAAGGAACUGAACUGGGGUGUUGGCGAUGAAGAUGAUGACGAAUGGCGAAUUAGCAUACAACAAUCCGAUGCCAAGAAUCACGAGCUGGUCGAAGUGUAUAUCGAGCAGAUCCAAGCCCUCUACCCAAUCUUAGAUGUCUCAGCGCGUUAUCUGGCCUCCGAAUUGCCGUCAGAUCUGACCGCGGUCGAGCUGUUCCAUCUAAAUAUGAUAUAUUCCAUCGGAUGCCACGUCACGCCCCUUAUUCUCAGCAAGAAAGUUAGACAACGAGAGGGCUUUGGGAAAAUAGGCAACCCCAGCGAUGACAGGCUCUGGAGUAGGACUGGACGCCACACGUAUCGCAUGGCUCACACCCAAAAUUACACACUUUUGGCGCAGAACUUUCUCGAGACUGCAGAACUUUACAUGGAGGCUGCUACGGCCGACGCCACGGUUGAGGGUCUACGGGCUAUACUGCUGCUUGCUAUUAACAGUCUGUUUGAUCCUUUGAGAGGCAACAUCGGACAGCAAAUUGCGAUUGCGACGAGGCUCGCAUUAGCCUUGGAACAAAAGAGUCACGACAUGAGUCCGAGUGACUUGGACAUGGUCCACCGUAUGCACACUACCAUCUUUAGCUUGGAGAAUGAGAUCGCUACCGUUCUUGACCGACCUGCUACAUUCCCAGAACCCGAGGGAGAGUUGUGCUUUGAUCUCAACAGACCAGCCGACUACUUUUGUUCAAUCUAUCGGUUACAGAACCGAUGGCGCAAGGGGAACGCCGCGACUAAAGCUUGGGCGUUGAACCAACUUCCACCUUUGGAUCUAAAGUAUAAGCUACCACCAAGCUUGCGUUUGAUACUUCAUCAAACCCGCCUUCUCUUUGACCCGGUCUGGCAGACUGCGUGGCAGGUCCUCGAGGCUGUUGUAGAGACGGGCAGCAUCCACAUCUAUCUCACACCACAUUGGGUAUAUCGAGCAGCCACCGUUGUCAUGAAAGAGAACUGGGGCGGCUUCCAUCCCGAGGAUGUAAUAACCCUGUACUCCAAUGCGCUCGUAGUUUUGCAGAUCUCCUCCUGGAAAUGGGGGAGUGCAGCAGCGCUCGCCGGAUCCCUAGAGAAUCUGAUGCAACAAAAGAGGCUCAAAACAACUGGAGACCUCUGGGACAAGACCCACACAGUUUACGACGUAAGAUUCUGA